AAGCAUGUAGAACACAUAGAACGAUUUUUCACCAUUUUGAUUAACGCAGUUUUACUGGUGUUAUCAUUAAAAGCACAGUUUUUCACCAAAUUAUACAAACGAUUUAAUUAUAGUAGAACCACCCCCAAAAAUAAAUUGAAAUACCUUGAUCUUCUGAAGAGCCUCGAUCACUCCAAAACUCCAAAAUGUACAGCUCCCUGGCAAAUUUAUUCAAAGACUCUCAGACCACAUCCGACGACAUCAACCUCCUCCUCUUGGGCGAAACCGGGGUCGGAAAAUCCACCCUGAUCAACUCCAUUUCGAACUACUUGAACUACCCCGACUUCAAAGAAGCCCAAAAAGGGAACAUCGACAUUUUAAUCCCGUUGUUUUUGAACGUGGCCGAAGUCAGCAAAGUUUUCGAGAGCCCUGACGACAACGAGCUCCUCGAAGACGGCAAAUCCGCCACUCAGCACGUCAAGCUUUACCUAUUCCCGAUCAAGCUCGGCAGCCAAACUUUCAACUUGCGCUUGAUUGACACGCCGGGGGUUGGAGAUCCCAGAGGAACCGAUCGGGACAACGUCAAUCUGGACAACAUUCUCGCGUACUUGACCACGCUGAAGAAACUCCACGCGAUUUGCUUUGUUUUGAAGUCGAAUCAGACGAGAUUUACUAAGUUCGUGGAGUAUUGUCUGAAGCAGAUUUUGACACGAUUGGAUAAGAGCGCCAGUCGGAAUAUUAUUUUUAUUACUAUUUAUAGUAAGGCGGCGAAUUAUACAGCUGGAGAGACUAAGACGAAUUGUUUAAUGCCACUGGUUAAAGAUAUACGGUCGAGACCCCCACACGUGUGUAUUCCUUUGAGCGACAGCAACAUUUUUGCUGUGGACAACGAGGCUUUUAAGGCCUUGUUGGCGAUUCAGGAGGGGAAAAAAUACAACAAACAUGAGUUGGACGGGUUUAUGCACAGUUGGGAGGUUUCGUCGAAUGAGAUUCAGCGUCUGUUGGCGUACAUUAUUGGAGAUAUCGAGAACGCGGCGUUGAACUCACACGAAGUCGAAAACACAAUCAGUAUCAACGAAGUCAGGUUUCUCGUAGAACAACUCACGACUCCUAUUGCUGAAGUGUCAGCACUUUUACAAGACAAUAUCAGAAUACUUGACAGGCACAAAAAAGUCUGAGUCAAGAUGGCCAGACUCUUGAACAACUGAAAAAGCAGCUGCACAUACCCUGCGUUGAUCUAAAAGUGACAAAUCUGAGUCAACCUGUGACUGUUUGUGCGGACACUAAAUGUGCAGACAUCGUGAAGGUCAAGCAAAUCACCCAGUGGCACCACAAACAAAGAUGCUAUAACCUUUGUUUUCUAAAUGGGAUUCCUAAAGGACUAAUCAAGUGUGACGCCAUGACGGGAAAAGAAACGUGCCAGCAGUGCGGCUGUCACUGGAAAGUCCACAUGCACAUCUACAAAGAAACCGAGAGUGUCGAA